CAUUGGUAGAAUUGAUAGCAAUGGCGUGGGCUCUCACUGGGUGUGCUGGGUGUGGCGAGGAUAAAGAGCUUCGGUGACGAACGAAAACAACACUCGUGAACGAACGAGUUGCACAAGUCGAUCGGUUUCGCGUUGGACUUCCCGAGGGGUCAUCAUGACCGUGGACAAGCAAGAGUAUCACAGGGCGUCCAACGCGGUCGUUUUCGGCGGCGGGCUCACGUUCGUGGCGCUUUUCCUUCUAAUGAUGGCGUUCACAAGCCCGUACUGGAUCCAAUCGUACCAGGAGACGUUCAGCAGCUUUAAGCACAUGGGACUCUGGGAAUACUGCUUCGAGCAAUUCCGCUAUCCCUACUAUCAGUUUGACAAGCAGUUCGACGGCUGUCACCACAUAUUUUCGCAGGAGUACUACGUCAUAAGGGAGUGGCUGCUGCCGGCGUGGCUCAUGAUAGUACAGACGUUCGUCACGCUGGCCCUGUUGCUCUCAAUCUUCGCCUUUGGCGUGAUCGCCCUGAUCUGGAUACGUUGGCCGUUGAGAUUCGUCCUGCAUUACGAGUGGAUCCUGUCGUCCGCCGCGUUCAUCUGCAACGCAGGAGCCGGCGUGUUUCUCUUCCUGGCGGUCUCCAUAUUCGGCGGGCAGUGUUGGCGCCGGGACUGGUUGAUGUACCCGAAUUUCAAUUACUUGUCGUGGUCGUACGGCCUCGCAGUCAUAUCGUUCAUGAUCCACACGUUCGCCGCGUUCUUCCUUUAUCUGGACGCGCGAACGGGUUACAGAUUGCGCAAGGAGUCUCGCAACUUGGUGAUGCAGAUGCAACCGAAUCCGCAGUCCCAUCACGGGCCGCCGCGAAGCGGAUACGUAUAAUCGAAUCGCGCGCCCCUUCGACGAGAAGUUCAGUCUCGACGCGAAGCUCUUACAGUUUUAAUUAAUGACCGAGCGAAAGAUAGAUCUGUCUCUUAAAGAGAGUCCGUGCACCACGCGUGCACGAUUUUAAUCCGUCCACUUGUGUUUGUUCACUAAAAAUAAUAGUAAGAACUUGGAAUGCUACCGUUAUUUUUAAUGAAUAGCUCCGCGUGAGAGCGAUCGACCGUAGUCGGCAGGUCCCGGUUUCGAUCCUCCCGACCUUCAUUCUAUUAUAUGUGCCUCAGUUUUAAGAGGUUGAAUAGAGAGUUGAAGGUUACAAGUGCGAAGGAGCACGGGGCGAAUUGUAACCCGAUUGAAACGAAAAUCCACAAUUUAUAUUUGUAUUUAAUCAUUUAAGAAAUGCAAACACGUAUAUCUUAAGAUCGUCGCCUUCUCUCGGGCUAAUUAUACUCAAUUCUCUUGAAGCUAAUUCGCUUGUGCGUGAAUAAUCUCCGUCCAUUGUUCUACUCACGCAUGCACAUCAUUUUUUUUAUAUCACGAUUUUUAUAUAUAUAUUUUAUAAAUAUUAUAUAAUGUGUAUAAUAUAUAGAAUUAUAUAGCAUUUUGACUUACAAAUAUAUAGAUAAUCGGUGAACAGAAA